AUGGCUCUCAAGGGUUGUUUUAUCUGGGGUUGUCCCAAAGCUCCUCAAUUUGGCUUUGCAAGUUUUCAGCCUGCUAGUUCUAAGCUGAGUGUUAAUUUAAGAUAUGAUCUUGAGAAAUGCCGCGAAUGGGAAUGUAGUUUUGGUGUUUUGGCUCAGGGAACUUUGACUGGGGUUGAGUCUUCUGGGGCUGGUGAUGGAGUCUGCGUUCAGAAAAAUGAGUCAACGGGGUGUCACCAGGAUGUAAACAUGCUUCCUAAACCAUUGACGGCAAGCGAAUUUUCUUUUUCAAGAGAUGUGUCAAAUGUGCGUGUUGCUUAUCAGGGUGCUCCCGGAUCAUAUAGCGAGGAUGCAGCUUUGAAAGCAUAUCCAAAAUGUGAGACUGUGCCAUGUGAUGACUUUGAGGCUGUAUUCAAGGCAGUUGAAUUGUGUUUGGUGGAUAAAGCAGUUCUACCAAUUGAAUGUUCUUUUAGUGGAAGCAUCCACCGUAAUUAUGAUUUACUUCUUAGCAAUAGGCUGCACAUUGUUGGGGAGGUGCAGUUGCAAAUUAAAUACUGCCUCUUAGGAUUAGUUGGUGUGAAAAUAGAGGAACUCAAAGGUGUUAUGAGUCAUCCUCAGGCUCUUGCUCAAUGUGAGAUGAUGCUUAGAGAUUUAGGUGUUGUCAAAAUUGGUGCGAAUGAUACUACUGCUGCUGCUGCCAAGGAAGUGGCCUCGAAAGGAGUAAGUGACACUGGAGCCAUUGCAAGCUCUAGGGCUGCCAAUAUAUAUGGCCUUGACAUUCUUGCAGAAGACAUCCAGGAUGAUGAUAAUAUUACUCGCUUUUGGAUACUUGCAAGGGAGCCUAUAAUUCCAGGAACUGACAGGCCCUAUAAGACUAGCAUUGUUUUUAAUUUAGAAGGAGGUCCUGGUGUACUAUUCAAAGCCUUGGGAGCGUUUGCUUUGAGGAACAUUAAACUCUUAAAGAUAGAGAGUCGUCCAAUGAAGCAGCGGCCAUUAAGGGUUGUUGAUUAUUCAAAUGAAGGGAGUGCCAAGUCCUUUGACUACCUUUUCUACAUUGAUUUUGAAGCUUCUAUGGCAGACCCUCGUGCACAAUAUGCUUUGGAAAAUUUGCAGGAAUAUGCUAGAUUUAUUCGUGUUCUUGGUUGUUAUCUCAUGGAUAGAACUUUAUAG